AUGGCGGCAUCGCUUGCGCCAUCCGCCUCUGCGCUCUCCCCGCCCCCUCUCCGCCUCGCCGCGCGCCAUUCCCCCUUCCGCGCCUCCUCCCUGCCGCUCCUCCCGUGGGGGGUGCGCGGGUCGCGCGGGGCGAUGCGCGGCGCGGCGCAGGGGGUGCGCGCGGGCGUGGCGGAGGCGGGCGGGGAGCCGGCGCCAAUGGGGCAGGUGACGCGGUACAAUGAUUCACCCAUCGACCUCGCGCUCAUGGGGCUCUUCCGCCGCAAGAUGGAGCAACAAAUCGGUGAGGUGGCGACGAGGAAGGGCGGGUACGAGGCGUUCGUGGAGGUAUCGCGGCGGGUGAUGCAGGGGCGGUCAGCCGCAGAGCAGCGCGCCAUAGUGGCCAACGUGCUCAUGUCGUUGCUGCCACCCAACGCCCCCGCCACUUUCCGCAAGCUGUUUCCCCCCAGCAAGUGGUCGGCGGAGAUCAAUGCGGCCAUCACCGUGCCCGGCUUUAAGUGGCUCGUGGGGCCCUGCCAGCUGAAGGAGGUGGAGGUGAACGGGCAGAAGCAGAUGAGUGGCGUGCAGAUCACCAAGUGCAGGUACCUGGAGGUGAGUGGGUGUGUGGGCAUGUGCGUCAACAUGUGCAAGCUGCCCACUCAGGACUUCUUUACCAACGAUUUCGGCCUGCCCCUCACCAUGACACCCAGUACGUCCCUCACCAUGACACCCAGUACGUCCCUCACCAUGACACCCAGUACGUCCCUCACCAUGACACCCAACUUUGAGGACAUGAGCUACUUCGAGGACAUGAGCUGUGAGAUGGUGUUCGGCCAGAUGCCCCCUCCCCUCUCUGAGGACCCCGCCCUCUCCCAGCCCUGCUUUGCCCAGCUCUGCUCCAUGGCCCAACCAGAGGCUGACAAGUGUCCACGUGUUCCCAAUGUCACACCCUGA